AUCGUAUCAUCCCGGAGUGGCGGUUACACGCGAAGCGAGCUACAAUUACUCUCGUUUUAACCGCGAACAAUAUUAUUUUUUAUAUUUCAAACACUUGAAGGUAAGUGCAACACUAUGACAGAAGCUGUAGCGAAAGGUGAAACCACACUAUUACGUCUUGCGCGCGACAAAUUCGUCGCAGCGUACGGUCGCAAUCCUGUCGCAGCGGCAGGAGCUCCGGGUCGUGUGAACCUCAUCGGCGAACACGUGGACUACUGCGGGGGAUACGUACUACCGGUGGCUCUGCCUUUCCUCACGGUAGUGGUUGGAGCAUACAAUAACACAGAUGAGUGUAAAAUCCUAUCAAUCCUCGCGAAUGGUCAGGAGGCAACGGCUACCUUCCCUGCAACUACAGCAUCGGCUCUAAAGCCUGGUGAACCAGCUUGGGCGAAUUAUGUUAAGGGUGUCGUUGCAAAUUUUCCAGAGAAAGUUCGUGGCUUCGAUGUCGUGAUCGUCUCAGAUGUUCCGAUGGGAUCCGGUGUUUCGAGCAGUGCAUCCCUUGAAGUUGCCUUCUUCACGUUUCUGGAAGCGCUUACAGGCACACGGGUUGAACCAGUCAAGAAGGCAGAGUUAUGUCAAAAAGCCGAGCAUGAAUUUCCAGGAAUGCCGUGUGGAAUAAUGGACCAGUUCAUCGUUACAAUGGGCAAAAAGGACCACGCUUUGUUGAUAGACUGCAGUUCAUUAGAUUCAACUCAUAUACCCAUGGAUUCUAAUGAGGCCGUCAUUCUGGUGGUGAAUUCGAACGUGAAACAUCAGCUGACGGGCAGCGAGUACCCUCAGCGACGAGCUCAGUGUCAAGAAGCUGCCAUGAAAUUGAAAUUGCCUUCGCUAAGGAGUGCACAUGUCGAGGACUUGAAAGAACUCAAGUGGUUAAACUGUGAUGAGCUUGUAUGUAAGCGAGCGACACAUGUUGUGGAAGAGAUCGCUCGUACGGUGGAAGUGGCUGAGCUGUUGCCACAAAAGGAAUUUAGUGAGGUUGGUCAACGAUUCUACCAAUCACACGAAUCGCUCAGCAAACUGAUGGAAGUAUCAUGUCCAGAAUUAGAUCAAUUGGUUAGCAUCAUGAAGUCAUCACCAGGAGUUUAUGGCGCUCGGAUGACUGGUGGCGGAUUUGGAGGCUGUGCUAUUGCUUUGGUCAAGAAGGAAUAUGUUGAAGACGUUAAGAAGAAGGUCCAGUCACAAUACAACGGCAAUCCGGUAUUCUUCGUUUGCCAGCCAAGUGACGGCGCUAGGAUAUUGAAGAUAAAUUAGAUUGAAAAAUAAAUUAUAUUUUUAAA